AUGCUCGAUCCCUCCAGGUUCGACCGCAUUUUCGGUUCUCUGGAUCCAUUCCCUUAUGACCGCAAUGUUAUCCAACACCUUGAAGCUUCUCGACGAAGUCUUGAGGGUUCCUUGUUUAUUGAUCGAGUAAUGAAAGCUCUUAACUUAUCAAAAGCUACUAGCCACUAUCCUCCCAAAAACAGUGAUGCUCUUCGACAAUUAUACAAUCAAAUAUGCGAGACUAAGAACGCUACCCUUCACCACAAGCUCUCGGUAGUAUUCUAUCUACUACUCGACGUUGACGAUCGAAAUGGGUCUAGCCGGGCUGAAACCCACGCUCAGCGUACCAGCCUGCCUAAAAAUUACAGGAUCUUCAUGAAGGGAUUAUGGCAUAUGGACGCACUACAAUUUGAUCUUGCAUUGCAAUAUCUUACACAUCCGUCGCUCCAACCCGAUUUCGUCGACGAUAUUAUCACCGUUCUUGUCCGCAACGCUAAGAAUGGCGACUAUAGUCUGCCUCUUGCUUAUUACCAUACAGUUCAGCCUAUUAUUCAAUCGUCUUCGGCAUUAGAAUUACUAUUUGAUGCUCUCGCACGAUCAAGCGUUAUUGACGCCUUUCAGUUUUCACGGUCACAUGCUGAGUCCAUGCGUCGGCAACUUUUUCAACGCCUUGUCCUAUCCGUGUUGGAGUCUGCUCAUAACGAUGAGUCAGCCGAGAGGGCGCUCGAUUUAACUAGCUUACCCUUUGAUGCCCAAGAAGAGCAGUGGUUCAGGGAAAGCUUGGAGAGCGGCGAGGGGAAGCGGCUGGCUGUGGCGAAGGAUACGCUUCUCAUGCGCCGGAUUGCUGCCGGUUAUGCUGGAUUCGGAGGCGAAGCAGGUACUUGGGCUGUUGUUCUAGAGGGCGUCAAGACGGGAAGUGGUGGACGUGCCCAGGCAUGA